AAAAAAUCAAAAACUUGCAAACAAAAACAAUGUUUGAUAUUUCCAAUCAUGAAUUUAUUACUCCAUUUGUUGUUGGUCUUUUGAUUGGCACAGGAGUUUCAUAUGGAUAUCGCAACAUUCGACCACUACUUUCUGGAUCAUUAAAUGCACUUUCUGUACACAAUAAACUUGUAUUAGUAGUCAGAAAUGAUUUGGGAAUGACUAAAGGUAAAAUAGCAGCACAGUGUUCCCAUGCUUCUGUUGAAUGUUAUAAAGCGGCAAUGCAACAUAAACCUCAAAUGGCAAAAAUGUGGCAAAUGACUGGACAAAGGAAGAUUGUAGUUAGUAUUAACAAUGGUGAAAAAGGUCUUAAUGAAUUAUCAAAGGUUGCAAAAUCCCACAAAGUACUUUCUUGUAUUGUUUAUGACGCUGGAGCAACUCAAGUCAAAGCGGGAACACCUACUGUAAUAGGUAUUGGUCCAGCUAACUCUGAUGUUAUUGACCAGAUCACUGGGCACUUAAAACUUAUUUGAGUUGUAGAAUUUCAAUAUAGUAUUUUAUUUUUAAAAGUA